AUGACACCCCCACCCCCCACCUCCAUCCUAAUAAUCGGCGCCGGCGAACUCGGCACCGCCAUCCUCGCCGCCCUCGCCGCCCACCCCGCCUACACCACGCACCCGCACCCUCCCAAACUCGCCCUCCUCCGCCGCCUCUCCACCCUCACCUCCACCGACCCCGCCACCGUCACCUCUCUCACCGCCCUCACCGCCCGCGGCAUCACUCUCGAACCCGGCGACUUCACCUCCACUCCUGAAAGUUGGGGGAGGGUGGUUAGGGAGUUGGGGGCGUGGGGGAAUACGGUGACGGUGACGGAUGUGGAGGGGAUUGGGAGGGCGGUGGCCGAGGUGGUGUUCGAGCCGGAGGGGACCGAGGAUAGGGUGGUGUAUGUGGCGGGGGAUACGCUGUCGUAUGGGGAGGUGGCGGAUGUGGUGGAGGCGGGGUUUGGAGGGGGUUUUAAGCGGGAGUUGUGGGAUCGGGAGUUUUUGAGGAAGAGGCUGGAGGAGGAGCCGGAGGACCUGAUGCUGAAGUAUCAGAAUGCGUUUGGGGCGGGGGUUGGAGUGUCGUGGGAGAUGGAGAGGACGUUGAACUACCAGCGGGGACUGAAACUGACGGAUCUGCGGAAGUAUGUUGAGGACAACAAGGAACAGCUUUUGGCAGCGGCGGCGGAGUGA